CUCAGCAUGCAACUGUGCUAUAGGGACCUCAGCGUACCCCUCUUCACAGCACAAACAAAUACGUUUGGAAAUGGACCUGGAGGAGACGUACAAAGAGGGAGAGAUUAUGGAGGGGAAAAUCACUCGAGCUGCAGCUGCAAAGGUGGUGAAAAAGGCUUUUCUUGAAGCCCUGAAGUCCAAUGACUUUGAGACACUGGAGAAGCUCUUGAGCCAAAAGAAGAUAGACGUGGACACGGUGUUUGAAGUGGAAGAUGAAAACCUGAUUCUGGCAUCCUACAAACAAGGGUACUGGCUGCCCAGCUACAAAUUAAAAAUAUCCUGGGCAACUGGACUUCAUCUGGCUGUCAUGUAUGGACAUCUGGAGAGUCUUUCGGUCCUGCUCAAUCACAAAGCUACCAUCAACUGCCGGCCCAACGGAAAAGCCGCCAUCCACAUCGCUUGUGAAAUGGCAAACGUGGAGUGCCUCAAGAUCCUGUGCAACCACGGAGCCAAGCUCAACUGCUUCUCCAUGAGCGGGCAGGCGCCCCUGCACUUCUGUACCACACCAGCCUCCCUGCCCUGUGCCCGGCAGCUGCUUUGGAGAGGAGCGAACGUGAACUUAAAAACAAAUAACCAGGAUGAGGAGACCCCCCUGCACACCGCUGCGCGCUUGGGGAUCCCGCAGCUCGUGGCCUUUUACGUGGAACAAGGGGCGCACGUCGAUGCUCUCAAUGCCUACAUGGAGACCCCCUUGGCCUGUGCGGCCUACUGGGCCCUUCACUACAAGGAUCAGAUCUACAGCCCCGACCACCACCUCGUCUGCCGGAUGCUCUUGGACUACAAAGCUGAAGUGAACGCCCGCGACGAGGACUUCAAAUCCCCGCUCCACAAAGCUGCCUGGAACUGUGACCACGUCCUGCUGCACAUGCUGCUGGAGGCGGGAGCAGAAGCCAACAUCAUGGACGUCAACGGCUGUGCCCCCUUGCAGUACAUCAUUAAAGUGACGCCUGUGCGGCCAGCGGCCCAGCCCGACGUCUGCUACCAGCUGCUGCUGAAUCACGGAGCCGCUCGGAUAUACCCUCUGCAGUUCCACAAGGUGCUACAAGCCUGUCAUUCCUACCCCAGAGCUGUGGAGGUUGUCGUCAAUACCUACGAACACAUCAAGUCAACGUCCAAGUGGAAAGCAGCCAUCCCUGAUGACGUCUUUGAGCGGCACCAGGAAUUCUAUGACUCUCUGUUCACCGUCUGCAGCAAUUCCCCGCGCUCACUCAUGCACUUAUGCAGAUGUGCCAUCCGCGCGAUACUCUCCGAAAGGUGCCACCGAGGGGUCCCCUUGCUCUCCAUCCCCCCCUCCAUGAAGAAGUACUUGCUGCUGGAGCCAGAAGGAAUCAUCUACUGA